AUGAAGUGUGGUACACCAGUCACUGCACUCAAAAAUGUGAAUGUGAUGAAGAUGAUGGAAAAGGAAGACUCUAUUGUUCUGAUGAAGAGUGCGAUGAUGACGAUGUCUGCCUUCCAAAUUUGAAGGGCCAUUAUUAUUGCACAUCUACAGGUUUCACAGAGUGCACAGUUGCGGGUGACCCAGAGUACAAAACAUUUGAUAAAAUGAAGCACAACUUUGAGGGGACACAGUCUUAUGUGCUGGUCCAGACCAAAAAUCUGCCAAGUAACCUUCCAGAAAUUUACAUAGAGGGCACCAAUGUGUGCAAUGACCAUGACAAGAAAAAUGGACAAAGCAGUAAGGAUAAUGUCAAUAGCCAUGAUGAUGACGACGACGACGACGAUGACAUUGAGGAGGAAUCUAAUAGAUCCCAAGAGCUUAAAAUCAAAGUGUACAAUAUCACUGUGGCGCUCAAGCAGAAAUGCAAGGUGUUU